AUGGCCGAUAAUGAGAAUUCAGACUCACCAAACAAGAGAUAUAAUACAAGACCAAAGUCGAAAACCAGUUUUGAAGCCAUUUUAAAUAAAUAUGAUGAUAUUGAAACCGAAUUUGCACCAAAAUCGUCCAAAAGAGGAAGACCACCAGGUAGCGGCAACGCCGCAAAGAAUCAAGCUAUGUACAAAGCACAAAAUUACCACCCGCAAUUUUAUCAAAAUAAUAUGCAAAUUUAUCCAAACAAUAUGAGAAAUUAUCAACCCCAAUGUAAUAUGCCAAAUGUUCAAUAUCAUGUUCCAACACAAUAUCACCCGUAUCACCCUUAUAAAUAUAGCCCAGAACAAAUGAACCAACCGAGCUUUAAUAAUAGAAUGAACCAACCCAACGUUGGAUACUUGUAUCAACCGAAUGCUCCCCAAAAUGUGCCACCUCAAGCCCAGAUGAUGUAUAAAUCUGGCACAUAUCCAGUUUCCUCGAACAUUCCUAUGCAAUAUAGACCUAAUGUUAACCCAGUAAUGUCACAAAUGCAUUAUGAAACUAAAAUGGUUGCUCCCAAUCAACCACAACAUGUUCAAGCACAAAUGGUUCAACCACAACCGAUUAGAGGUGCCCAACUACAAGUUCCACAUGUACAACACCCACACCAACAAACCCAUCCACAAGUUCAACAGGUAGCACAACACCCUCAGAUGAUUAACCCGAACUAUCCUUAUCCUAAUUAUACCGCUGUGAAAUCACCAAUAAUGGAUAACUCUCAAGCCCAAAUGUGUAAUAUGGAUAACACUAAUACUAAUGUAUUAAUGCAGAGACGAGCUACACAAAUGCAAUUAAUGAGUCAACCUACAGUAGAAGUUAAACAGACAGGAACGAGUAAUUUGGAAGAGGGAACAGUUACAGAAAAUGAGUCAGAAGCAGAUUUCAUCCGUAAAAGAAUGAAAUAUUCAGGAGAAAUAUCACAACUAAUUAUCAACUCACAAACUUACGGAUAUUAUAUAUCAAAACCACGAGUUUCUGAACAAAAAUUACAAGUACAAAGAUCAAACGGAAUGCAAAACUAUUUCAACGCAGUCGAUGUAAUUCUAAAAGAUAUUUCCAAGACCUCAUUGAGUAAAAAUAUGGAUAGCUUGAUGCCAAGAAUUACAGUUACAGAAGUGUAUAACCUACAAAGUUUAGAUAAGUUGGUCGAGUUUAACUAUCUGCUGACACCCAACGUAUAUAAACAAAUUCUUAAUUAUUUCAACUGUAUUGUGGAAUCUAAUAUUCAAUUUCCAGUCCUACUGAGCACAUCAUAUCGCAAGUCUUUAUCUAAAUCCCUUUCCUUACAGUCAUCAUCACAGUCAGAUUCAGAUAAAUCACGAUCUGAAAGCCCACAUAACUCACAACCAAAUUCACCAAACUCUAAAACUGAUCAUUUAGACUACGGUAAUGAAAAAUCAAUAGUAGAUUCUCAGGAGGUAAACAACUAUUCCAAUAACUCUCAAGACUCCAUGUUAAGUACAGAUGAUUCACAGAAAAUUAAGUUAGAACUAAAUUCACAGAAUACUAAGGCACAAUCAGAGUCCUCUAAGACCAAGCCAGACCAGUUUCAGAGUUACUUCAAGUCCAAUAAAAUCAAGCUAACACGAGAUAACAACGUGCUUCCAACAACAUUUGAGUGUUUGAAAGAGCUCAAGCAGGAUGAAAUGAACCAGUUUUUCGCUCUUUUGGACAAAAACAUGUGCAAAGUUAUCAGGAACGGAGGUGUUGAAAAGUCACUCGUUAAAAGCGUGAUUCUCUCAAAUGAAGAUUUAAAGAGCCAUUACCAGGUCUGUAAAUCAAGCGACAAGGAACCCUCAUUCUCUUUAAAGUAUCAAUUUGCGUCGUUUUUUGCUAAUGACUUUUUUGAUAAAAGGGUCCCCUUCUUCACUACUGUUGAUUUUGCACACUCCGACCCUUCAUACCUUCUCCACUCUAAACUUGGCACUAAAAAGCAGACGAACUCAUUCAUCCACUACGCCAAGGUUUCAAGAUCCUUUGACGCCUUUAUUUACAAGUUGUACGCCCACGCCCACUUUGAGCUUUCGAAACUCGUUUCUGAACUCGAUUCUGACGCCAAGAACCCGACUCACCAACUUUCCAUAAGGUGCUCGCUAUUUAAUGUCCCCAAAAUCCUUAACAUGAUUCACUCUAACAGUUAA